UUCUGCCACGAAGAGCAAAAGGACACCUUUGCAUAAGAAAAUACCUGCGGUCACAGACAGUAAAGUGUAAAAGUUUUUCGCGAUUUUGCCGCACAAAUGACCGACACUUACGUGUACUGCAACGGGCGUACGGAUAGCUCCGCAGCGCCCAAACACCUUCAAUCAGAGACGAUGACGGCAAAAGCUGCAGGCAAUCGGAAUAUGAACUGGCUUAUCCAUAGCUUAUACACGAGAAAUGAUUACUCAUUGUGCAAAAAACUUAUAAAUAGACAGCUAAUGAUAAACUUCGAUAAAGAAUAUCUUUAUUAUGUAAAGGGUCUGAUUUUGCGUAACGAAGACAGUCCAUCUGAGGCAAUCAAUUGCUUUCAGCAGGCAAUAAUGGUGAACAGGAAGAAUCCCGAUAAUUAUAAAGAACUGGCAAAGACUUUGUUUACAAUGGCUCGCUUCAAGCAGGCACUGGAGGUGUUCCUCAAGGCGGAAACGCUACUGGAGCGACCCGAUCCCGAGGUUUAUCAUUACAUUGGUGAACUGUUCUAUCGAAAUUUUGGUCAACCAAAGGCCGGAUUGCCGGAAGCCAAAGAAUAUCUGAAACAGUCCGUGAUGUGUGGUAAACAUGUCGAUAGCUACAAAAUUCUGGCUGAGAUUUAUAUUGAUGAAGGUGAUAAUGUUAAAGCCAUUGAAAUGAUAGAGAGUUGUCUACAGGUUACACAAGAUGACGUUACUCUGAUGACGCAGAUUGGAAUAUUGUAUUUGAAAAUCAACGAGUAUCAAAAAGCGUUUGAAAAAUUGUUGGAUGCAAUCGCAAUAGACGACAAGUGCGCAACUGCCUUGCUGGCAUUAGGAUCCAUACUUCAAUCCAAAAAUGAUAUCGAUGGUGCGUUAAACAAAUACAAACAGAUAUCCAACCUAACGAACGAGGGAGCGGAAGUGUGGAGCAAUAUCGGGUUAUGUUUUUUCAAGAAGCAGAAAUAUAUCGCCGCUAUUUCCUGCCUCAAGAAAGCAGUUUGGGGUGCUCCACUCAAUUUCAACGCUCUUUACAAUUUGGGACUAAUUUUGGUGACUGCCCAACAAUACGUGAGUGCAUUCCAAACGCUAGCCGCAGCAAUUUGCCUUCGACUGGAUAAUGCAGACUGCUACAUGCUUUUGGGAACGUGCCUUCGUCAUCUCAACGAUCCGGGCAACGCGUACCUUUCGAUGGAGAAGUCUACGAUGCUGCCAGAUGCGAUAAAAAAUCCUUUAAUCUACCUGAACUUCGCUCUCUUCUGCUACGAAAUAGGAAAGCCGGAUCAAUCUGUGUCAUACCUGACAAAUUUCAUCGAAAUGACCCAACACAUCAAUGUCCACCGAGAGUAUCUGAAGAUGGCAGACAGACUGAACGCAGCCCUGUCUCCGUCGAUUAACCUUCGGCCGAUUUGCGUUCCUGCAGCUGACGGAAGCAUGACCCCGGCAACCGGUGCUUCCAUUUCAGCAGAGCACACCGACACCGGAAUCCAUAAUGAGGCUGAAAGGACAUUUUCGGCGGAUAUCGCCAGAGACAACACGAGCGGUUAUGACGAAACAGCAAAUGACGCAUCGGGGUGGAAAAAGGAAGGCAGCCGCGACCAGAUUGUCUAAAUGGAAUCGUUGUGGGAAAGGGUUUUCUGUUCGGUUGCUGGGUUGAAUUUGCAUGAUGUUUGGAAUAUAGGCUUUAGUGAACGAACUACCGCCAAUCAAUAAACGAUUUGUGUCGCGAUUUAAGAUUUGAAAG